CUUUUAGAUAUCACUGUUUGUGAAGGCAGACCACAAAUGCAGACUAAACCUCUGUCGUGCGCACACGAUCCAGGAAUAAUGCCCUUCUUCUCAGGAUGAAAGUUAAUUUAAAAUGAACUGAAGUAAAGUGGAAAAUUGUUCUGUGGUCAGAUGAAUCAAAAUGUAAAAUUCUUUUUGGGAAACACGGACACCAUGUCCCCAGAUUAAAGUGGAAAGGGAUCAUCCAGCUUGUUAUCAGCACUCACCUAAAAAGCCUGCAUCUCUGAUCGUACAUUAGUGCUUAUGCAUCUGGAAAGGCACCAUCAAUGCUGAAAGGUAUAUCGGGUUUUUUAUACAGAUUACGUUUUUGUUUUGUUUUUACAGAGGAGGCCUUGCAUGCUUCAGCAAGGCAAUAAUAAACUGUAUACUGCAUCUAUUAUGACACCAUAGCUUCAUAACAGAAGAGUCUGGAUGCUGAACUGGCCUUUCGUCGAGCUUUUUAGAAUUUGCUUUCUAUAGGCUCAGGUAAGGAGAGCGUGCAAGAACCUGCAGGAAGCUCGAUGAGAGAUAGACGGAGACAUGUAAAGUCUCUCUCUCUCUCUCUCUCUCUCCCUGCCGUGACGUUACUCCGUUUUAAAGCCACCCUCGAUCGUCCCCUCCUGUCCUCCUCCUCCUUCUCGCAUUCACCUUCCUCACCGAGCUCAACAUCAGCCAAUGCUUCACGGCACUCCUACCCUGCGUGUCUAUCCCACGCGUGGGAAGCACAGCAAAAACGAGGGCUUCACUUGAGAGAGUGAAAAGAAGCGAUCGACGGAAAAGCGGGAAUCGUUUCAUCAGUUUUCAUUGCUGAGUUUACCUUUUCGGAGGAAGGAGCUCCUGAUAUCAGCGAGAAUCUCUGGUUUUUAUCACGGUGGACAGAGAGACGGCAUCGUGGAGCUAUGAAUGAGUCGCUGGUGGUGAACGACUCUUCUGCGACUCCUGUGUCAGGAGAAGCUCUCCCGUGGAUAGAGGCUGAGUUUUCGGACCGGAACGGCAGCCUGGAAUUCUCCACCGCCGCAUUAGAUUUCCCUAUCAACCCGUGGGACAUCAUGCUCUGUAUGUCAGGCACCGUGAUCGCCUGUGAGAACGCCAUAGUGGUAGCAAUCAUCUUCUACACGCCCACGCUGAGGACUCCCAUGUUUGUGCUGAUCGGGAGCCUGGCCACAGCUGACCUGCUGGCCGGCAUGGGAUUAAUCCUGAACUUUGUGUUUCAGUAUGUGAUCUCCUCUGAGACUAUCAGCCUUAUCACUGUAGGCUUUUUAGUGGCCUCCUUCACUGCAUCCAUCAGCAGCCUCUUAGCCAUUACGGUAGACCGCUACUUCUCCCUCUACAAUGCCCUGACAUACUUCUCAGAGAAGACGCUGCAGUACGUUCACUUGAUGUUAGUGGGCACCUGGGGGGUGUCUCUGUUCCUGGGCUUGCUGCCGGUGCUCGGCUGGAACUGCCUGGACGAGCCGGCCUCCUGCAGCAUUGUCCGCCCUCUGACCCGGAGCAAUGUCAUGCUCUUGGCCAUCUCCUUCUUCGCCAUCUUUGUGCUUAUGCUGACCCUUUACUUCAAGAUCUGCAAGAUCGUGUGCCACCACGCCCACCAGAUCGCCCUCCAACAGCACUUUUUUGCCACUUCUCAUUAUGUCGCCACCAAGAAAGGGGUGUCCACUUUGGCCAUCAUCUUGGGGACUUUUGGUGCCAGCUGGCUUCCCUUUGCCAUCUACUGUCUCGUGGGUGAGAGGGAGUAUCCGUCAGUGUACACCUAUGCUACGCUGCUGCCGGCCACCUACAACUCCAUGAUCAACCCCAUCAUCUACGCCUACAGAAAUGCCGAGAUCCAGCGCUCCAUCUACAUGCUUCUCUGUGGCUGCUUUCAAGCCAACGCAGCUUAUCGGUCCAGGUCACCUAGUGAGGUCUAAAAAAGGUGCUACAGCUUGCUGCGUGUGUGUGUGUGUGUGUGUGUGUGAGAGAGAGAGAGAGCAUGCACGUGUGUGCGUUAAAGGCCGAGCAAAAAGACAAACCCAGUAAUCAUCGACAAUCUGCUUACAGUUGACAGUUGACAAUGCUUUAAAAAAAACAAAGCAGGCGUGAUGUUCGAAAUGUGUCUCUCAUGCAUACUGUAUCUGCACUUUAUUAGCCUAUGUCUCAACACAAGUUAGGGGGAGAGUUUGGAAAUGCUGUGAACAAGAAACUUUGUUUUUUUUUGGUUUUUUUAAAGACAAAGCAAACCUGUGAAUGUACUUAAGUGGAAAAAAUAGGAAUGGAAAUCUUGCACUUUAUUCAAUGUUUUUUUUCGAAUGCCAAAGCAGUAUUGUAUAGCCCUUAAUGUGUUUAAGCAUUUGAACCUGUGAGUAACCUUGUGCCAUUUUUCUAUUUUGUAUUGUACUGUCUUUGAUGUCCAUUUUGUACAAGAAGAAUA